AUGAUCUGGGGCGCCGGACUGCGGUUGCCCAAGGCCCUUCGACAGCUUCUGCAUUGCCUGAUCCGAACGCGGCGGCGGCGGCAAUUCUUACUGCUUCUGUCAGCCGUGCUGGUCGGCAGGCACUUCUUCCAGCAGCGCGUGCAGAACUUCAAGCCGUCGCUUCUCGUGCCGAGGGCACAGCGACGCGGUGAAGGCAAGAAAGCAUCCGAAGGCGGAAAAAAAGAGGUCUCGACCGAGUCGGGCGAUGCUGAGCUUCGAAACGCUUUCUGUGCUUUGUUCCGGGCGGCUGGGGAGCGCUGCGGCCGAGGCCCACAGAUCUCGGCCAAGAUACGCUCUGGCGAGUGCCACCUUCGCUGCUUCGCCGAGCAACGUUUCGCGCAGCUGCGCGCGGACUGGGGCCUCGGCGAGGAGCGCUACUGGGCAAGCUUGGCCAACAGCGGGUUGCGUGGUGGCAUCCAGGAGCCCAGUGGGAAGAGUGGAAGCCUUUUCUGGAUCUCUGGAGAUGGACUUCUGGUCUUGAAAACCACCGAAGCCGACGAGCUCCAGAAGUUGCUGCAGGGUCUCCCUCGAUAUGAACAGCACUUUGCCACCUACAAAAAUUCGCUGCUAUGUCGAUUUUUCGGUGCAUAUGAGCUGCUUCUAGGACGUCGGCGAGUUCGUUUGGUGGUGAUGAAUAACACGUUCGCAUGUGCUCUUCAACCCCAUGUGGUCUACGACCUCAAGGGCACGACGGAAGAUCGGUGGGUCAAUCCGCGGCCGGGUACUGUUCUGAAGGACUUGAACUUCGCGGACAAAACCAUUGGAAUUCCUGACUUAAAGCACAAAGCUGCACUUCUGCACAUCCUGAAAAGAGACACGCAGUUUCUGCGGAGCCAGCACGUGAUGGACUAUUCCGUUUGCCUUGGAGUGCACUACUGCGAGGAGAACAGCUAUCCCAACUCAGAGCUCAUGACACCCGAGCCGGGCAUCUCCUCUUCACUGGCUGUCCUGCGUGGCUACGAGCCCAAGUAUCAAUGCACGCUGGUUCGAAAUCAGCCUUCGCAGAAGGUGGUGUUCUUCAUUGGCAUCAUCGACAUCCUGCAGCAGUUCACUUGGACGAAGGCACUUGCACACACCGUGAAGUCCCUGAGCCUUGGUUGGGUGCACGAGAUCGACACGGCCCCGCCAGCUUACUACGCGCGGCGCUUCAAGACGUCUUUCUGUGCGAAGGUGCAGACGUUCCGUGAACCGGAGGAUCGCGUCACGCGCUUCGUCCGACGGCUGCGCCUGGGCAUCGAGAACGGCACCGUGCCCUGCCCUACCUUUGUCAGCCUUCAGCGGCCGCGGACAGAAACAAAUCCCGAGUUUAGUGCCGACCCCACGGCUGAUGUGACACUGGACGAGGCUGUGGACUUCGCCGUCAGACGCGGUGGGCAACUGCUGGUGGCCCGGCGUGGUCUGCUCCGCAGUCGGGCAGAGGAGGUGGAAGCUUUCCUGGACAUGGAUCGCCAUGCACUGAUCUUUCAGGAGAUGGCACGGCGCCCUUACGCACGCGGCCGCCGCCCUACAUCGCUUGUAGCCUGCUACAAGAUCCGGCGUGUGUACUUGACCAUUGUCUGCUACAGGCCGCGAGACUUGUACUGCAUGGCAUGUCGCUCCCACAUGAAGAUUGAGGCUGAACCCCCGGAGUCGCGGCGCUUUACAGUGGAGGCGGAUGACGAGGAGCCGCUUCGCUUCACCGCGCCCAGCCGGCGUCAGGCGAAGCUCUGGGUCACAGCCCUGGAGGUUGCGGCAGGCUACGUCGAAGCAAACGUCGAGGACGUCCGAGAAGCACAGGCCGCUGCGCUGGUUAGCUCUGCCAGUGGCAGCCCAGAUGCAGCCUUCCUCUCCAAGCCGGCCUCGGCAGUCCGUGCGGCGCUGCUCGGUUCCUUGGAUUUUCUCUUGGAGGAGAAGGAGCUUGCAGUGGUGCUCGGUACGGCGCGGCAGGCGAGACAUGGGCUGCUGGAGCCGUACCUUCUCGGGCCAGAGGCAGAACGUCGGUGGCAAAAGAGGCGUCUGAAGUGGAUUUUCGGCUUCGUUGAUGCCGAUGGAACAGGAGCACUGUCCAUUGAGAAGAUCAACCUGUUGUGGCAUGAGAUGAACAUCAAUGAAAAGGAGGGCCAGCAGGUCCUCCAAGCAUUCCUGCGAGAGGAACGGCAGGGCCGUCGUUCCGGCGGUGGUCGCCAGAUCGGUGGCGGUCAAGUACUACGACUCCAGGAUUGGACCAAAAUGCUGUCUCUGGUGGACAGUGCCUAUGUGAAAGCAGCACACCGGUGCGUGAGGGACCACCUUCACCUUGGCCGCCCUGCUUCGUGCAGCGCUGGAACGAUGUCGGAGCUGAUGGUGCACGGAGUCAACUCGGAGCCGGCAAUGGUGCAGGUGACUGCAGAUGACUUGGCAGGCUUCUUCGUGGGCAUCCAGGGUGUCUGGCCGCCUCCAUCGAAGCAACAGGUCGAAAGGCUAAUUGCACGCCUCCCAGCACCGCUCAGCUCCAAGCAUCACAGCCUCUCUGCAGAAGCGUUGGUGCAGCUGCUUUGCUCGCCAGGCAAUGCGCUGGUGGACCCAGCAAAGCGGUCUUUGUUCCAGGACAUGACGCAGCCGCUGUCCGCCUACUUCGUAGACACCUCGCACAACACCUACUUGGAGGGCAACCAGCUGAGCAGUCGCUCCUCCGUGCUCCGCUACGUGGAGGUUCUCCGCACCGGUUGCCGAUCCGUGGAGGUGGACGUUUGGGACGGCAGCAAUGGAGAGCCGGUGGUCAAGCACGGGUACACUGUGACCACGGAAGUACUUUUCCAGGAUGUCAUACAGGCUAUCGCCGAUCAUGCGUUCGUGGCAUCAGAGUUCCCAGUCAUCAUCUCCAUCGAGCAGCAUUGCUGCGCGGCGCAACGUAUCCGACAGGGGCAAAUCAUGUCGGAGGUGCUGGGAGACCAUCUCUUGAGGCCACCCUGGGACGAGCACCACCAGUGCAUCGACGGUGCUCAGGCCGAGUCCAUCUCGCCAUGGUCGGCACGAAAACGUGUGCUCGUUAAGUCCUCGAUCGGCUGCUGUGAGCGAUGCCAGCGGCCGCUUCCGGUCUACGAUCGCUGCGUGGCCCUGCCGACGCGGAAAUUGCUCCACAAGCUGGUGGAGAGGGAGUUGAGUGAUGGAAGUGCUUCCCCGAGCGCCUUCUCUGUGGAGCAGGACUCGAGCUACCCUUUUGAGGUGGCUUCUGGGACUGUGGCGAAGGUGCACAAGCUGGAGAAGACCCUGGGACGUGAUGCCAUGCGGCGCUGGAACUCUGCGCAUCUCUCUCGCGUCUACCCCGAGGGCACACGCAUCGGCUCAGGCAACGUGGAUCCCGUGCCAAUGUGGCUCUGCGGUGUGCAGAUGGUGGCCAUGAACUACCAGACAUCGGACACCGGCCUCCUUCUCAACGAAGGCCUCUUUCGAAACUACAACGGUGGAUGUGGCUACGUGCUGAAGCCGCCUCUGCCCCCAGACAUCGUCAAGCCCACAUCACGGAGGCUUCGUCUUUGCAUCUGCUGCGGGCACCGUCUGCCAAGGCCAGACCUGUCGCUGGGUGAGACCCGCGGUGUGAGCUCGCCGAUGGUCACAGUGUCUCUGGAGCCUGGCCAGCAGGUGUCCCACACCCGUGCUGUGAAGCAAGACGGUUACCACCCCGUCUUCGAUCACGAGGCAGAAUUGCAAGUGUCGGAUAGCCCACUGCACAUCCUCACUUUCGAAGUCUUCGACACUCCCACCGGCAGAACUAUGGCCAGGAGUGCUGUGACGCUCGAUGCUGUUCGUCCAGGCUUUCGCUGGCUGGCCCUUCACAGUGAGACAAUCGUAGCAAUAGCACCAAUUUUCCCGGCCACGAAGCAGCGCUGCAAGCCAGGAAGCUCCAUCACUUCCGUUGCCUUCGUGCGGACGGGGGCCCUGCAGGCUUGGAACCAGAUGCUCAAGGUGGCGCCAAGGUCCGUGCUGAGCGGCCUCUGGCGGGAGGUGCUACGGCUAGUCCUUCAGGGGCCAUGCGGCAACGGUGAUGCGGACUUUGGCUCUCUCUCCAACCUGCGGAAGCUUCGUGUGGCGGUCGCCUGUCGGGCAGGACUGGUGGCUCUGCCGCCGCGGUUGGCGCCUUGGCGCUACGAACGGGGCGCGCGCUCCCUGCUAGUCAACUUUGCAGAGGCUACUGGCAGCAGCGCACCGAUUGCCUCCGCAGGCCUCAAUGUUGGCUCCGUGAGCCAAGAGGAGGAUGCGGAAGAGGAUGCCCCGGAGGAGGUCGAGGAGGUGGUCGAGCUUCUGCUUUCGGCCCUGCGCGAUGCCGAGACGGUCGUGCGCUGGGCCGCGGCCAAAGGUGUCGGCUAG